ACGGCCCCCCCUUUUUUCCUGGACACCACCUCUCCAAUGGCAGGCACCACAAGCAGCACGUCGCGGCAGCCCUCCCGGUUUCGAACUUGGCGUUCUGGCACCUCCUUUCAUCCAUCCCCGUCACGAGGCUACAGCGCUCAGCCGCCCAGGGGCCCCAACAACGCGGUCAAGUUCUGGCCGUUCGCAGCCAUCAUCGCCAUGGGGUCGGCGGGCUAUGUGCUCCUGGCUAGGUCGAGGGCGGAGAGCAGGAAUGUGUCCGCGAGGAGGGCUGGAUAGUUGCUUAGAUAUUGGGUAACAGUAUUUAUGUACCUACAUUCAGUGGCUCUUUCUCGUCGGCCUUCGAUGGAGUCUAUAGUAUAUCCACGGGUAUUGGUAGGAGAUAGUUAUGUAUAAAAAAGCUAGGUUUUAACUCUCAUCUCUCAUAAUGUCCAUACCAUGAUUCCCCGUCAUACAGGUGACUUCUGAUAGACUAUUCGAAGUCAACUCAUUUUUCCGCAAGCCUAUGAGCCAUCUUCGGCAGUGUCAACGCUAGAGAUCAUAUUCUCAACCAUUAGAUACUUGCAGCUUACCUACAAAUAUAAUAAGGUAGCUAGACACUGUAGAGGGUAUUCGUAGAGAAUAUAUACCGUAUACCUCC